AAACGUUGGAACUUGGAGUAACAGUGACUACGUGUUGCCACAGGCACCAAUCUUUCCCUAUCUUCAUCUUCUUCCAUUGCACAAAUAGUUGAAGGAAGUGCAUGAAACAGUGGUAGACGUCUUGAUAGAGAGAGCAAAAAGACAUGGCUGCUUCUUCUACUUCUUUCACUUUCUCUAGUCACUCCACGCUGCACUCUCUUCCUCACAGAAAUAUCCUUCUUACCAAAACCCAUUAUCCAGUUCCCACAAAAUCAUCCGAAUCGACCUUCUUUGGUGUCCGACUUUCUCACUCCACCCCUCUCCCUCCCCUCUUUCCCUGUUCAAUCAGAAGCUCAAUCUUUGCUAAGGUUAACAAGGGGCAGGCUGCACCAGACUUCACACUAAAGGAUCAGAACGGAAAACCAGUGAGCCUGAAGAAGUAUAAAGGAAAGCCUGUUGUUGUAUAUUUCUACCCUGCAGAUGAAACUCCUGGCUGCACCAAGCAGGCUUGUGCGUUCAGAGACUCUUAUGAGAAAUUCAAGAAGGCAGGUGCAGAGGUCAUUGGCAUAAGUGGUGAUGACUCUGCUUCUCACAAGGCUUUUGCAAGCAAAUACAAGUUGCCUUACACAUUGUUGAGUGACGAAGGUAAUAAGGUGAGGAAAGAUUGGGGAGUCCCAGGAGAUCUGUUUGGGGCAUUGCCAGGGAGACAGACUUAUGUUCUUGACAAAAACGGUGUCGUUCAGCUCAUCUACAACAACCAGUUCCAGCCUGAGAAACACAUUGAUGAGACCUUGAAGUUCCUCAAAGCUGCGUGAUCUUGUCUUCUUCUCUCAACAACUAUUCAUGGCCUUCCUAUAUUGUUAUCCGUUCUGUUUUCCCAAUGACUCCAAUUCAAAACACCAAACUUGAUAAAAAAAAUAUAUGAGUUGUUUUCACAAAAUUUCUAACUUUUUUUCAAAUAAAUGUUAA